AUGGUCCGUCUCAGUCUCUUGGCACUUGCUGCCGUCGCUCACUUCUCUUACGCGUGGCUGCCGAGCGACGGUUCCAGGAAGCUGCUGGACACCCGUGGUUUUAGUCUUUUCGACUCGCAGAACACCAGCACCAUUGACGAUUCAGAUGACAUUGGCAAGCGUUGGUGGACGGCCUCCGGCAAGAUCAGGGGCGUGAACCUGGGUUCGCUGUUCGUUUUCGAGCCAUGGAUCGCCAACGGCGAAUGGAACAACAUCGGCUGUGGCGGACAGCAGUCCGAGUUCGACUGCGUGAUGAACACUGGCCAGGAGAGAUCCGAUGCGGCUUUCCAAAAGCACUGGGACACGUGGAUCACCGAGGGCGAUCUCGACGAGAUGAUGGGGUAUGGUAUCAACACCAUUCGCAUUCCCCUCGGCUACUGGCUUGACGAGACGUUGGUCGACAAGAACUCGGAGCACUUCCCAAGGGGGGCCUUGAAGUACUUGAUCCGUCUGUGUGGAUGGGCCAGUGAUCGUGGCUUUUACAUCAUCCUGGACCAGCACGGUGCCCCAGGAGCCCAAGUUGCGAGAAACUCUUUCACCGGCCAGUUUUCUCAGUCCCCGGGCUUUUACAACGACUACCAGUACGGUCGGUCUAUCAAGUUUCUUGAGUUUCUGAGGAAGCUUGCCCACGACCACAGCGAGCUUCGAAACGUUGGCACUAUCCAGCUUGUCAACGAGCCCACCAACUGGGACUCAUCUGUGCAAUCCCUCCGUAGCACGUUCUACAAGAACGCCUAUAACGCCAUCCGCAAGGUCGAGCGAGACCUCGGUGUGACGCCCAAUAACUACGUUCACAUCCAGAUGAUGUCGUCGCUCUGGGGCUCGGGUAACCCGGUUGAGUUCCUUGACGACACCUACUUCACCGCCUUUGACGACCACCGCUACCUCAAGUGGGCCAACAAGAACGAUGUGCCCUGGACGCACGAGAGCUACAUCUCGACGUCGUGCGCCGAUAACCGUAACGGCGACGUCGCGGGACCGACCAUCGUAGGCGAGUGGAGCAUCAGCCCGCCCGACGAGAUCGAGAGCUCGGACGGAUGGAACCGCAACACGCAAAAGGACUUUUACAGAAGAUGGUUCGCGGCCCAAGUGCUCGCGUACGAGAGAUCGACUGCCGGGUGGGUGUUUUGGACGUGGAAGGCGCAGCUUAAUGAUUAUCGGUGGUCUUACAGAGAUGCCGUGAUUGCGGGAGUUGUUCCGAGAGAUUUGAACUCGAUUGCAAACUCGGGUGUUUGUGGUUAG